AUGAUGGUCCUAAACAAUCAUCAUGUAAGACUUGUUCUCUUUCUCAUCUUCUUGUUCUUCUUCAACCCCACAUGUUUAUCUUUCAAUUUUAACACAAACCAAACUUCUUCACUGAGAAAUCAGAUUCUUGAGAUUGCUAACAAUCCCAGCACAGUGAAAUGGAUUAAGAACAUCAGAAGAGAAAUUCAUGAAUAUCCUGAACUUGCUUAUGAAGAAUUCAAGACGAGUUCUGUCAUAAGGCGUGAGCUUGAUAAUUUAGGUGUUGGUUAUGAAUGGCCAGUGGCUAAAACAGGUGUUGUUGCUAAAAUAGGUUCUGGAUUUCCUCCUUUUGUUGCUCUUAGAGCUGACAUGGAUGCUUUGCCUAUUCAGGAACUUGUUGACUGGGAUCAUAAGAGCAAAGUAGAUGGAAAAAUGCACGCUUGUGCUCAUGAUGCGCAUGUUGCGAUGCUUCUUGGUGCUGCAAAGAUACUACAAGAAAUGAAAGACAAGUUAAAGGUUACUGUUGUUCUUAUAUUCCAACCAGCUGAAGAAAGAGGCGUAGGUGCGAAGGAUAUGAUUAAAGAAAAUGUGCUUGAUGAUGUAGAGGCAGUUUUUGGAUUGCAUUUAGCAACACAGUAUCCCUUAGGAGUUGUUGCGUCGAGGCCAGGAGAUUUUUUAGCAGGAUGUGGAAGCUUCAAAGCAAAGAUCAAAGGGGAUUUAGCAAGAAUUCCACAUCAUUGUUUGGAUCCUAUUUUGGCAGCCUCAGCAUCUGUGAUUAGCUUGCAAAACAUUGUUUCCAGGGAGGUGGAUCCUUUAGAUUCACAGGUGGUUUCCGUGGCAAUGAUUCGUGCAGUGCCUGGUCAUGAACUUAUUCCUGAUUCUGUUACAUUUGGAGGUACUUAUAGAGCUUUUGGCAAAAAGAGCUUCAAUGCUCUAAGGCAAAGGAUAGAAGAGGUUAUCAAAGCGCAAGUAGAAGUGCAUAGGUGUUCAGCAGAGGUUGACUUCAUUGGUAAAGAACAUCCAACAAUUCCUCCAACAACAAAUGAUGAGAGAAUCUACCAACUAGCCAAACAAGCCUCAAGUAUGAUUGUUGGAGAAGAGAACAUUAAACUAGCACAAACCUUUACUGCAAGUGAAGAUUAUGCAUUUUUCUUAGAAAAAGUGCCUGGCACAUUAUUCCUUUUAGGGUGUGGAUCCAUAUAUUCUGCACAUAGUUCUCAUUUUUUCAUUGAUGAAGAUGUUCUUCCCAUUGGUGCUGCAAUACAUGCAGCAUUUGCUCUUUCAUAUCAUUCACUUUAA